AUGUCUGGCUCGAGGACUAGAACUGGCUGCUGGACGUGCCGUUUGCGACGCAAGAAAUGCGACGAAAACACACCGACAUGUUCAAACUGUGUGUCACGGGGCCUGCAUUGCUACGGCUAUGGCGAUAAGCCUGCCUGGAUGCUCGACAAGCAGAAUUGGCAGCAGGUUCUGGACUCAGACGAAGCAAAGUCUAUUCGGAACGCCGCCGAAGGAGCCUAUCGUCGACGCAGGCAGAAGAACGUGGGCACAAUCCCUGGAGUGCUUGUCCAGCACCUGAAUGAACCCUCCUCGGCCUUGCUCGAUCUUGACCGUACGUGGUCGAACUGUACACAGCCACUCCGAGACUGUGACUAUGCUCCCAACUAUCAAUAUAUCCAUACAUUUCUCGACGUUAUCUUUCCACUCCAGUGGGGGUUUUACCGCCGCCCUAGCCGCAGGUGGCUCUUUGACACCAUUGUCGCCUGCGAGCCCAUGUAUCAUGCGUCGCGUGGCCUCUGCAUCACUUUCGAAACGGGCGUUAAAGCCGGCUUUACCAACGGCCGAUGCGAAGUCACACCAGAAGUUCGGUCAUCGCGGCUGAUGGCGUUGCGAGGACUCCAACCUUGCAUUGACGAGAUGCAGCAAAACAGGCUCUGCAUAUCAUCACUCCCAAAGGCGGUCCACUCCUUUGCUACCAUUCUGCAGCUCACCAGUCUGGAGAUAUAUGGAGAAACUGAGGGUCUGUGGGAAGUUCAUAUGAACGGUGCUGGGACCAUCUUGGAUUUGAUCGAAACCCAGAUCGCCGGUGGCAUAGGGCAGCUUCUUGCCAACCCGAUCGAGACACCGGCCCUAGACUUCUUCGUCGCGACGUACGUUUGGAGUGACAUUCUUGCUGAGGCUGCACAUGGAAUCUCAUACAGCAAGCCCAGAGCCUUCAAUUAUCUGCCUCUCCUCCAAAGAGACCUCAUCGACACGCAAUGCAUUAUGGGCUGCCGCAACUCAGUCAUGGCGAUAAUCAAGGAAGUUAGCAUAUUCGCCGCUUCUUUGAGCAAUGGGCAGCAAUCAUCUCCGGACGAAAGAGUAAAAGCGCUCACCCUUCGGAUUCAAGUCUUGAUACAAGAGGAAGCUGCUGGCUUCUCACAAUCAGCUGCAGGCCCCGAGGGAGACAGCAACUGGGUAACCCUUCUUCAUGCACAUGCCGCUCUGGUCUACCUCCAAACGGUGGCCGCCCACCAAGAUCUUCCCAGGCCGCCAGAUGUGCAGCAAACCGUAAUGAGAUGCCUUGAGCUUUUGGAGGCAUUGCCAUCCCGGCUGUUCAUUCGGGUUUGCUGGCCAUUCACAGUUGCCGGAUGCACUGCAAGCGAAGGCUAUGCUCCGAGGUUUCGAGCUGUCCUUCGGCGCGUGGAGGAGGAUGGACAAGUGCUGGGGUUUACGUGGAAGGGGCUCAUUAUUAUGGAAGAGUGUUGGAGGCUACGGCGUUGUAAGCCUGGGUCGACUUGGUGCUGGCGGACGACUAUGGAACACAUGCGAUCGCGGAUAUUGCUGGUUUGA